AUACAGCUUAUCUUUAGGCAUUCGAAUUAUUCUAAGAAUCUAAUGUAUGUUAAAGAACAAUUUUUAGAUUUGUUGAAAAAUGAAGAGUGCUUGAAAAUCGAGCCUGAAAUUCAUAGACAAAUUACGUCGUUUGAAUAAAUCGAGGGACGUCGAAAACAACUAUAUAUAAUUGCUUUAAUGUUGAAAUAAUAUGUAAAAAACAGAUAGAGUGCAUAAAAAUUAGUAGAAUUAAUUUGGUACCUUUAAGAAAGAUAAUACCAAAUGAAGAAUUGAAAAAAAAAGAACAUUUGCAAUUAGAAAACUUUCUACCAACUACUCGAUAUAGAAGAUAAUAAUUGCUAAAAAACAAUCGUUCUUUGCUGUUUUUUUUUGCGAUAUUAAUUGAAGUCGAUACUCUCAUCAAAGUUUGUCCAGCUUCAAUGAAGAAUAACACAUCAAUGGAGUUUUAUUAAUGUAAAGAGAUUAGUUUUAUGUGUCUCCAAAAUUAAAAACGUAGUAUUUUAUAAAUUGAUCAAAAGUAGUAGUACAGGAUGUUAUUUUAUUAGGAUACCAAAAGGAAAGGUUGUCGAUAAAAUCGAAAGAAAACUUUUGAUCAACAAAAAAUUGAAAAAGCUUAUACUUUCUUUUUAUUACAAGAGCUUUCUGCUCAAAAUUAUUGAUUCUCAAGAGCCGUAAUAUUCUGAUUCAAAUAUCGACGUAUAUUUUUAAAAGCAUGAUAUACUUAUAAUUUACUCUACGUUUUCAAAAAGUGAUGUCGCUAUUAAUUGUACUGUUAUAGUUUAAAAUGUACAUAAUGUAUAUAAUAUUUAAAUAUGUUUUUAUAGUUGUUAUUAUUAUUAAUAGUAGCAGUAAUAAUAGUAGUAGUGACAUUAGUAGAGUGGACUAGUUCUACAGAGGUAGUUUAAAACAUACAUAAUGUACAUAAUAUUUAAGUAUGUUUUUAUUAUUGUUAUUAUUAUUAAUAGAAGCAGUAAUAAUGAUAAUAGUGACACUAGUAGAGUGGAGUAGUUCUACAGGGGAAACCACUUAAAAAAAAAAGCACUGGGAGUUCUACCUCGUAGGUAGUGUGGAAACGAACUCGUAUUUUAAUUUUUAUUAAAAUAAUAUAUGAUUUAUUAAUAAUCAUUAAUUAUUAUUUUUUUAUAAAAUAAUCAAUAAAAUUUUCUUUUUCUUUUUUGUGAAUCUGUAUAUUAGUUAUAUGUAUCAAUUAUAUUAGUUAUUAUUUAUAUGCGUUUGUCGUCAACCAAAAUUUUACCGGCACUGUGUUUAGCAUGGAUCACUGCGAGAUGCAUGUUAACAAUAAACAAUAUAAAUAUGUGAAACUAAACAAAUGUGAUGUUUACUAGACUAAGCUAAGACUAACUUAUACUAUACGAUUGUUACGUUACACGUCAAAUGAAUAUAGGUUGAUACAGGAUAUGUCCCAUUUAAAAUUUUUAUAUAUCCAUAAGUGAUUUAUUUUGUUUUAUUGAAAAUAUAUAUACUGUUAAUUAUCAACGCAGUGAAAUCGAUUGCCUAUUUGGAAAUAAAUAUUUAAAAGAAAAGUUAUCUCUAUAUUUAAAUGAAAAUUCAAUUAAUUUUUAUUACGCAGAAGAUUAUGAACCAUGAUAUCAAUUAUUCUCAAUUUCAUUGUUAGAAAUUCGCCAGAAAAAAAAAAAACGUUACGUAUCCAAAUGUUUUUAUUACGAUACGAUGUAAAACAAUGAUAUAUCAUGUUUUUUUAAAAAUUUAUUAAAGUUGUAGAAGUAUAUGUUGAAUAAAGAUAAAUUUUGCCAUUAAAGUAUAAAUUCGUGAAUUAUUAAAUAUUUUUAAUAAGUAAUAUUAUAAGCAGGGUUUCAAUAUUUAUGAAAUUCUUGGUCUUUUUACGAAUAUACCACAGAAUUGAAUUUCACAAUUAUUUAACAAUGUUUUAUUAAAAUACAACAAAAUAUCUAUAUAGAACACACAGAACAAAUGAAACACAUUUGAUACGUGUGAUAAAAUAAUAACGAAGUUCAUUGAUAUAAACGUUAUUCUACUAUGAAGUCUAAACAAUUCAUAAUUUUGUCAACUCGGCUUGUACCUUGAAAAUCGACUCAAUAUUUCUUCAACAAAUCCUAAACAAACGAUUAUAAAAACUACGUAAACACAAUGUUUCUUCUUCCCGGUAUUUUAUAAUGUUUUCUCAUAUUUAUACUGAUAUUAUUUUACUUGCAUAUAUUCGUUGAAAGCGACGAAAUUUUCAAAUUUUACUACCAGGUGGUGCUUCGAUCAUCACGGAUUUCGAUUGGAAAUCUUGUUUCUUCUUAACCAAUCAUCGUUCAAUUUUUGUUACUAAAAUAUUAAACAGGACUUAUGAACGUUUAACGUAAAAAUAAUGUGAAUUCAUUUGCGAAUGAAAAAAAAGUAAAAGUAAAUUAAGAAUAAAUAAAAAAAAUUCAGUUAAAGAAUUCAUAUUUUGAUAUUUAUUAACGCAUAGUUGGUAUACACAUUCAUUCUUCUCAAGAGUAUCAUCUGUGUUGCUUGUAUAAUACUAUUUGUAUUGUCGAGUAGUUAAAAAUAAUUGAAAAGUAAAUCUUCAUAAAUCGAUCGAUUUCAUAAAUGCAUAUGUGCAUAUAUAUAUGUAUAUAUAUGUUCGGAUAAAAAAUAUUUUUCUUAUUAAUGGCUGCGAAUGACAUUAAACAAACUCUUAGAAAAUUAGAUUUUCCUUAUUGUGCUAAAGAGGCAUUAGCCAGAAUCGAAAUAUUAUGCAGCAGACCCGGAAAACAAAUGGAUCUUCAAGGGGAUCUAAUGACAGAAUUUAUUUUUGGAGAGAUAGAAAGACGUAAGAAACGUAAUAUGACCGUUGCUAUGCAGGAGUUGCAACUUAUCGAAGUUUUAAGUGACUUUUUUCAAAGUCCGGGUGGUAGUCCCGCAGUACGAAAUGCUGUUUUUCUGUCAUUGUUUCCAGCGGAAAGUCCAAGAUAUAAAAUUUUAGGCAAUUUGGUAUCUCUAGCAAUUGCUACUCAAAAUAAAGCAAUUCUUAAUGCAACUGGAAUCUGGAUGCAGCAAUUGGGUUCCACUUCAUCUCAAAGCGUAGGACUGGCAAGGCAUGUACUCAAUGACUAUUUUGUCCUUACACCAAAAUCUAUUGACAAGCUAAAGCAGCUUCCUGUCCUUGCCUCCCAUUUCACCGCAAACUUACUGACGGCAAUAGGUGAAGUUUAUGAAGAUAAAGAUCCACCUACGGAAUUGCUCAAAUUAGUAGGAGAAUGGAUAGAUGAAAAUCCAAGUUUGCUAUUAACACCUUUGAUGGACAACCCUGCAUUGCCAAGCGGUGGUAUACCUAUGACACCAAUAACACCUAUAGCUGGUCUUUUCAGAUGGUGCAUUUUAAGUCCUUUACGCUUUGAUAUUACAGUCAAUGGGGAACAGGAAGAUCGGAAAAAGAGUUAUUCCAAAAUUCAACAGUUACUUAUGGACUCUGUACUGAGGUUAAAGAGCAGUGGGACUAACAAACAUGCUAUAUCUGCACAACAUUUAGCAGCUACUGUCCGGGUAUUAACCACUACUUUACAGACUUGUACAAAUAUAAAUUCUGCAUUACGUGAUUUAGCAAUGGAGAGAUUAGCUCAAGCCGUGAGCGCAGCAAUGUCCGCAAAUUGUAUUUAUGGUAAUAAACAAGAAUUACUAGCAUUGUUACAACCACUGUCAUAUCAACAUUUUUUAAUUGAAUGGACUCUACAGACGUAUACUUCCAAAACUGCUUAAUAAGUAUUCCUUAUAAUUAAUUUUAAUAAAAGUAUAUUAUUUAAGUUGAUCAGGAUGAUGGAUAAUGGCUAAUUUAGUGCCUAAAUAAAUUACGAUUAUUGUAUUUCUAUAUAAAUAUUAUUAUUUGUCAAUUAUAAGUAAUUAUUAUCUUUAAUUGAUAUAUUGACAUGAAUUAAUAUAAAAAUUAAAUUUUCAUACCAGAUAUUAUUUAAUAUUUAUGUGUAACUUAACUGUAAGCAGAUUGUAUAUAUAUUAAUUCAAAAUGGUUUAAAA